GAGCGUUUUGUUACCGAAGAACAGUAAUUAAAGUGGGAAUAGAAAAGUUCUGAAAAAUCGCACCAGCCUUGCAUCUUCGCGCUUACAUUACUUAUUUUUAAUAGUACAUCGCUGGUGAUUUAUUGCACUAAAGAUACAUGCAAACUUAGAGGCAACACAGUUGUGUACUUUACAUAGCACGAACCUUGAUGCAAGCCUGCAACAAAGAAAGUAGCCUAACAAAAGGGAAGACACCACCUUAACAGGAUGGGUUUAAAAAGAUGAACUUUAAGAAAGUACCUGAGUCUGCGGUUACUUUCCCUCCUCAACAGAAAAUGGGCAUGCUAAGUGUGGACUUGUUGGUUACCUUGCAGAUACUACCAGGUUUCUUCUCGAACUGCCUGUUCCUUGCGCUAUAUGACUCGGUGGUACUACUGAAGCGCGUGGUAUUACUUCUUAGCUGCUCCGGGUCGGCUGUAGGCGAGGAGUGGCAGCGCAUGCUGACUUCUGCUGGCUUGAAAUCUAUAUGGAACAGUUUUCUGCUGGAUGCCUACAAGCAGGUAAAACUCGGUGGGGAAGCACCAAACUCCAAAGUGGUUAAGGUCCCCAGUGUAAGCAGCAGGAAGCUGGGCUUCAGUAGCAGGACAGGCGAUGAGUGUAACCUGCUGGACUUUGCGUCAUCCGACCGUCCUUUAGUGGUCAACUUUGGCUCGGCCACCUGACCCCCCUUCAUCAGCCACCUGCCUGCCUUCCGGCAGCUGGUGGAAGAGUUCUCGGAUGUGGCCGACUUUCUCCUGGUCUACAUUGACGAGGCUCACCCCUCCGACAUCUGGGCGGCACCAGCAGUGGAGGCGCAUUCCUUCAAAGUACAGAAGCACCGCAGCCUUGAGGAGCGAGUUCUGGCUGCUCAGAGGCUUCUGGAACGUUUCUCCAUGCCUUCUCAGUGCCAGCUCGUAGCUGACUGCAUGGACAACAACACCAAUGUGGCCUACGGUGUGUCCUUUGAAAGGGUCUGCAUUGUUCAGAAGGAGAAAAUUGCUUAUCUAGGGGGAAAGGGACCAUUUUUUUACAAUCUGAACGAUGUCAGGCAGUGGCUUGAACAGAACUUUGGAAAGAGGCAGAGCCGGGGAAUGGAAAAAAAGAACAGAUGUCUGGAUUGCCCCUGAAUUUGUUUAUUUAAGAAAAAAAGGAAGGUAAUGUGCUUUCAGAACUGCUUUAAGGUGAACCCCUGUUCCAGCUAUCUAAGCAACCAGCAACUACCUUUCAGAAGGAAGUCACUGUUCUUCAACUUUCAACUGAAAAGUAAAAUAGGCAUAAACUCUCACCAUGAACUGAACCUCAGCAGCACACAAAAAUGGACAGUAUUUUCAGUCAACAUCAUUCACACAAGUUAUCACAUAAGUUAAUGUAGCUUUUCCCGCCAAUAUUCCCUCAUGUUUGAAAGUCAGUCUCACCUGGAGAAGAAAACCAAAAUAAUUGAACAGUCAAGAAGGCACAAAAAACAGCUUUUCUAAAUAUGAAAUUAAUUUAUUUCAGUGUGAUGGAGUUUUUAAUAUGUUAGUGUCAUUUUUACACAAUGGUGAUAUAUGCCAGUGUCUGUGCAUAAGAAUUUAAAAUGCUUUUAUUUAAGAUGGCAAUCCCCUCAUUGUCCCCUCUCUAUGUAGAUGUUUGUUUUAAUGUUUAGAAUGUGUUGCUGUACAUGCUUCACUGGCUUUGCUUAACUCCAGUUAUGCACAUUUUCUUCAAUAUUCUUCAUAAAGAGGGACAUUUUAAGGUAGCAUAUGACUUUGAUCUAUAUUCAGCAUCUAUAAAGUUUUGAGGAGUUAAGUAUAGUACACAUUAAAUUUAGAUAGGACAAAAGGUCAGAAGUUUGUGAAUUUACAUAGUUUCUUUGCUGGGACCCCUGUAGUAUUUGAAGAGCAAGGACUCCUUUGCAAGUGGAUUUGAAUGUAACAUUUCAAUUUUAGUGCAUGCUACUCUUCAUUUUAUCGUGUUCAAGGCUGGAUAGCAACAUAUUGCCUUACUGUUUGUAAACCAUUGAGACAUUUGGCAACUGAGAUGAAACAAUGUAAAAAGAGAUACGUCAUGGGAGGCAGCCAUGGCCUUAAAUCUGGGUUGUUUUAAUGGAGGUGCACCACUAGUUCCUUUGACAUGGGUGGUGGUGCAGAUCCCCAUAGGACCACUGUGUCAGCAUGUUCCAGAAUAUAUUUGACUGCCUCAGCAUAGUUCUGAGUUUUUCCAAUCUCAUUCAUGUAGUGAUGGCUGGAUUGAAAUAUUAUAGCAAAGCCAGAAUUCUCGACAGACAGUUGUUCAGGUCAAGGCGGGGCUGGUGUGUAAAUGAAAAUCACUGAUGAAAGGGUGUUAAGCUCUGUCAGUGAUUGGAUGUGAGACCACACCUAUUCUGUUGAGACUUGAAUUAAGUGCCUGUUUACAUGUUCAAACAUUGUCUUGAUACCGAUUAGAAAUUCAUUUUUUUUUGAUCCCAAGUAGUGCAAACAGCUGCUUUUCUAAUUGAGGAAUAAAUAAAUAAAUACAAAGCUUUGCUGCUAA